AUUCACUAACCGGCGUGCGUGGUGUCUGUGCACCGUACUUGAGUUUUGCGGUAGGAUUCCGCACUCGCGGCCUAGUGCCAGUGGGUAGAUCGGCAACAUGCGGGCUCUCCUUUUGGGCACUGCUGUCCUGUGCCUCUUUGCAGGGCUGACUAGAGCAGAGGAUGCUGAAGAUUCCAGCGCUCCCAGGGUGGAUCAGGAUUUGGGCAGCAGCCGCGAUGGCUCGCGAACAGACGACCAAGUUGUUGAGAGGGAAGAGGAGGCGAUAAAGCUGGACGGUUUGAAUGUGGCCCAAAUGAAGGAGAUGCGAGAGAAGGCCGAGAAGCAUGCCUUCCAGGCGGAGGUUACGCGAAUGAUGAAGUUGAUCAUCAACUCUCUGUACCGAAACAAGGAGAUCUUCCUGAGAGAAUUGAUAUCGAACGCAUCGGACGCCUUGGACAAGAUCAGGCUUCUCUCACUGACGAAUCCUGAUGUGCUAAACUCGAAUCCUGAGUUGACGAUACGAGUGAAGAGUGACAAGGAAAAUGGACUGCUACACAUCAUAGACACUGGCAUUGGCAUGACUAAAAUGGACCUGGUCAACAAUUUGGGCACCAUAGCCAAGUCGGGUACAGCAGAGUUUUUACAAAAGGUUACUGAAACUGCUGAAGCUCCUAAGGAACUCAACGACCUCAUUGGUCAGUUUGGUGUGGGCUUCUAUUCUGCGUUCUUGGUGGCCGACCGUGUCAUUGUGACCAGCAAGAAUAAUGAGGAUGAGCAGCACGUGUGGGAGUCGGACUCUGGCGAGUUCACAGUGGCCAAGGAUCCCCGAGGUAACACGCUUGGCCGUGGUACCCAGGUGACUCUGCAGCUGAAAGAGGAGGCCCGGGACUUCUUGGAGCUGGACACACUCAAAAGGCUGAUUGAGAAGUAUUCUCAGUUCAUCAACUUUAACAUCUACCUGUGGACAUCCAAGACUGAAACUGUGGAGGAACCUGUGGAGGAGGCCAAGCCUGAUGUUGAAGGAAAGGAAGAGAAAGAUGAAGACAAGGUUGAGGAAGAAGAAGAUGAUGAGCCCAAGACAAAGAAGGUUGAGAAGACUACAUGGGACUGGGAGCUCAUCAACAGUGCCAAGCCUAUCUGGACACGCAAGCCAGCUGAAAUUGAAGACAAUGAGUAUGAAGAAUUCUAUAAGGCCAUCACUAAGGACACCAAGGCACCGCUAGCCAAAACCCAUUUCAUAGCAGAGGGGGAGUUGACCUUUAAGGCAUUGCUCUACAUACCAUCAGUGCAACCGACAGAGUCCUUCAAUCGAUAUGGAGGGAAGGUGGAUCACAUCAAGCUCUAUGUUCGGCGUGUGUUCAUCACUGAUGACUUCCAGGAUAUGAUGCCCAGUUACCUCAGUUUCAUCCGUGGUGUUGUUGACUCUGAUGACUUGCCGUUGAAUGUGAGCCGUGAAACACUACAGCAGCACAAAUUGCUUAAGGUAAUCAAGAAGAAACUUGUGCGCAAGGCAUUGGACAUGAUGAAGCGCAUUCCCGCUGAACAAUACGAGCAGUUCUGGAAAGAAUAUUCUACCAACCUGAAGCUGGGAAUCAUUGAGGACACUACAAACCGCACUCGGCUGGCAAAGCUGGUGCGCUUCCACUCGUCGCAUGGUGAAAACCUGACAUCCCUGUCCGAGUAUGUUUCGCGUAUGAAAGAUGGUCAGCAGACCAUCUACUACAUGGCCGGAGCAUCUCUUGAUGAAGUGAAACGCUCUCCCUUUGUGGAGCGUCUGCUGAAGAAGGGCUAUGAAGUGCUUUUCCUAGUGGAGCCUGUAGAUGAGUACUCCAUCUCGUCACUGACAGAGUUUGAGGGCAAGAAAUUCCAGAAUGUGGCCAAAGAAGGUCUCAAGGUAGAUGAGGGCACCCGGGCACGUGAACGUCACGAUGCAAUUGCACGCGAGUUUGAGCCACUGACAAAGUGGUUGGAAGAUGAAGUAUUCAAGGGACGCAUUCUCAAGGCCAUGAUCUCCGAGCGGCUUGCCACUUCUCCGUGUGCCCUUGUAGCCAACCAGUUUGGCUGGACAGGCAACAUGGAACGACUUGCACGGAGCAAUGCUCAUGCCAAAUCGCACGACACAAUGCGGGAUUACUACCUCAGCCAGAAGAAGAACAUGGAGCUGAACCCAAGGCAUCCGCUCAUCAAGGAGCUUCUGCGCCGUGUCAAGGAUGACAAGAAUGACCCACAGGCACGCAACAUGGCAGAGCUGGUGUACGAGACUGCAACACUCCGUUCGGGCUUCCUUCUUGAAGACACACUUGCAUUUGCUGAGCGCGUGGAGACUCUGAUGAGGAAAACACUUGGGCUUCCAGAAGAUCAAGGGGUGGAUGAGGAGCCAGAUGAAGAUGCAUUUGAAGAGGGCAUUCCCAUAGAUCUAGGCAAGAAGGAUGAUGAGAAACCAGAAGAGGAGGAGGAACCGAGGGAUGAGCAUGAAGAACUAUAGAAGAAAAUCUGGGACAAACUUUCAUGUAUAGGUCGACACCUUUCACUGCUCAUGUCAUCGUCACCUUUAUAUAUUUAUGCUGGCCUCGUGCUAGUGCUGUUUUCCUUUCUUUACUGUGAAAUAAAGCCUUUGUUCAUGUUUACAA